GCUUUUCUUUCUUUGGCCGUCCCUUCCUCGACGCGCAACUUUUUACGUCACGGCGCGCGACGCCGAACAAGAAGGCUCCUCAGAAGAGGGCUGCGCGUGAAGGAAGCGGGAAAGUUUCCCUAUCUCGACAAGUCUCGUGCCUGCCCCGUCCCUUAUCCCUUGUUCUAUGGAGCGGGGACGAAACUGAGGCGCUAUAAAAGGAGCUCCAGUAAGCCAAAGGAGAGGCGGGAGGGAGGGCAAACUCCCAAUUUUCAUUUUGGGUGACAAAGGCAGUAUGCUCCACAUAAUGGUCAGAGCUUGUUUGGAAAAUCAGUGGAAGCCAGUUUAUUCCCAAAUACACAGUUGCUUACUGCAAAAGCAGAUUAAAAACUGGCACAGGAGCCUUAGCACAACAAACACACAAUGUUCAAAAUUGCGGAAAACUUGUAAAGGAAGUCUAUCUGAGAAGAAGCUGACUCGAUAUUUUGUCGAUCACCGAAAGGUUCGUGUGAUAGGAGGGAAAGGAGGAGAUGGUAUUGCCUGUUUUCUCAGUGAACCUAGGAAAGAAUUUGGAGGUCCCAAUGGUGGAGAUGGAGGAGAUGGGGGGCAUGUUAUAUUUAAAGUGGAUCGGCAAAUGAAAUCCUUGGCCUACCUCUACUCAUUUUAUAGAGGCUUCAGUGGGGAAAAGGGAGGAAGCAAAAACUGUUAUGGAGCAGGUGGCAAGCCCCUUUAUAUUAAGGUACCUAUUGGUACCGUGAUUAAGGAAGGCACUAAGGUUGUAGCUGAUCUCAACCAUCCCGGAGAAGAAUACGUUGCAGUCUAUGGUGGAGCCGGGGGCAAAGGCAACCGUUUCUUUCUGGCCAAUGACAACCGAGCACCGACAACUGCGACUCCAGGAGAACUGGGUCAGGAAAGAUCUCUUCACUUGGAGCUCAAAACUGUGGGCCAUGCAGGGAUGAUUGGAUUCCCCAAUGCUGGGAAAUCGUCCCUUUUGCGAGCAAUCUCCAGAGCAAAACCUGCUGUGGCUCCUUACCCAUUCACAACCCUGAAUCCUCACGUAGGCAUUGUUCACUACGAAGAUUACGAGCAGAUUGCAGUUGUAGAUAUCCCUGGAAUAAUAAAAGGAGCCCAUGAAGAUCGGGGUCUUGGUUUGGACUUUCUGAGACAUAUAGAACGCUGCUGCUUUCUCCUCUUUGUGUUGGAUCUUUCUGUGGCUGAGCCCUGGGCUCACUUGGAAGCCUUGAAGUAUGAACUGGAACAAUAUAAAGUUGGCUUGUCAAAGACGCCUCAUGCCAUUGUUGCAAAUAAGCUUGACCUUCCGGAAUCCAAGAACAACUUGCUUCUCCUUAAGGAGCAAGUGAAGCAGAGGGUCAUCCCACUCUCUGCUCUGACAGGAGAAAAUCUGGAGGAAUUGUUGGUGCAUCUAAGAGAACUCUAUGAUGAAUAUCUGAAAUCAGAAAAAGAACAGUUUCGCAAGCCAAUGAAAUGGUAGUAACGGAACUCUUCCAUUAUCACAUUGAGAUAGGAAGAACAUUUGGAGUGCAAGCGUGGACCGGAGGGAUACAAGCAGAAUGAAAUUGCUUUUUAUUCUUUAAUGUUGCGAGGAGAUACACAGAGUCCUACCAGCAGAGUGCUGCAGAAGCAGAUAAGGAAGAAUGGUCAAUCUGCACAAACAAUAAAUUAAGCAAAAGACGCGUCCACCAAGCAACAGAAAGUGACAUUUUCUUAAGCCUAUUGAGACCUGCAGGGCGUAAUUUAAUCAAAGCAACAUUCAAUAAUUUAAUUUAAAAAUGUUUAUUUAUUAUAUUAUUGACAUUUCUGUACUACCAAUUCCACAUGGACUCCAGGCAGUUUACAAAUUCUUAUAAACAUCAAAUAUAGCACCAUAGAAGUUCCGCUAGAAUUGCACUUAAAACCCAUAAUAAUCCUUCCCAAACAACAGCGUAAAUCAGGAUUGGGCAGUUAAUUUUCUCAAGGGGAUACACACGAAACUGGGACUGUUGUUAUCUUCCAAGGGGAGAAAAGGACUCUUGAGUAUCCCAUGCCUGGAUGUCUGCAUUGGAUGGAUCACUUCUCUUCGGGUCAGGCUCUCCUGAACCUAUCUGGGUGCCAACUUGGUGACAACCAACACAAUAUACA